GCCGGGCUCCUCAGGGAAGCGAGCAGGGACUUCUCCAGCGGACAACCGAAGAAGAGGGGCGGCCACACCGCCCCGCAGGCUGCGACCCGGCAACGUGUCUGCGCGAGUGCCGCCCCCCGCCCCACGCCAGCUCCCUCGGAGCCGCCUUCUCCUCCGCCCCGCCGCCGCUGCGUGGGGCUGGGCGGGGAGGAGACAGGCGCCUUUUCGGGCACCUCCUCCUGGCUGCGCGGCGGAGGAGGCCGCUGCUUCAGCUGGGGCCGGGGGAGCUGGCGUGGCGGGAAAUGGCGGCCGGGUUGGGCUGAGCCGAGCUGAGGGGCAACCGAGACCUGCACCAUGAGGCUGCUGCGAGCGCUGCUGCGCGGCGCCUCCCCGGGCAGCAUCCCGCAGCAGGUGGACUUCUACUCGCGCUUCUCGCCCUCUCCGCUCUCCAUGAAGCAGUUUUUGGACUUCGGGUCUGAAAAUGCUUGUGAAAAGACUUCGUUUAUGUUUCUGCGACAAGAAUUGCCUGUGAGACUGGCAAACAUAAUGAAGGAAAUAAGCCUGCUGCCAGAUAACCUCCUAAGAACACCUUCAGUUCAACUGGUGCAGAGCUGGUAUGUUCAAAGUCUUCAGGAAAUCCUUGACUUUAAGGACAAAAGCUCAGAAGAUUCAAAGGCUAUUCAUAGUUUUACAGACACUGUGAUAAAAAUCCGGAAUCGACACAAUGAUGUCAUCCCCACGAUGGCUCAAGGAGUGAUAGAGUACAAGGAAAGCUUUGGCAUUGAUCCAGUGACCUCACAGAACGUGCAGUACUUUUUAGACCGUUUCUACAUGAGUCGCAUUUCAAUUAGGAUGCUGCUCAAUCAACACUCUUUACUGUUUGGUGGGAAAAUUAACCCGGCUCAUCCAAAACACAUCGGAAGCAUUGAUCCUACCUGCAAUGUUGUUGAGGUUAUUAGAGAUGGCUAUGAAAGUGCCAAGAGCCUUUGUGAUUUAUAUUACAUGAGCUCUCCAGAACUCAUCCUUGAAGAGAUGAACAAUAAAUCACCAGGACAGCCCAUGCAUGUCGUGUAUGUGCCAUCACAUCUCUAUCACAUGGUUUUUGAACUUUUCAAGAAUGCUAUGAGAGCCACCAUGGAACACAAUGCUGAUCGAUGCAUUUAUCCUCCAAUUCAUGUGCAUGUCACACUGGGAAAUGAGGACUUAACUGUGAAGAUGAGUGAUCGUGGUGGUGGUGUUCCCAUGAGGAAAAUUGAUAGGCUAUUCAACUAUAUGUAUUCAACGGCACCACGUCCACGUGUUGAGACCUCACGAGCUACACCUUUGGCUGGAUUUGGUUAUGGCUUACCCAUAUCACGGCUGUAUGCACAGUACUUCCAAGGAGACCUGAAACUCUAUUCCUUAGAAGGCUAUGGUACAGAUGCAGUUAUUUACAUAAAGGCCUUAUCAACAGAAUCAAUUGAAAGACUUCCUGUCUAUAACAAAGCAGCCUGGAAGCAUUACAAAGCAAACCACGAAGCAGACGACUGGUGCGUGCCAAGCAGCGAGCCCAAGGACAUGACCACUUUCCGCAGUACAUAGCUUUUUCACCAGCAGCAGUGCAUAGGAAGUGGUGUCUGUAAAGGGAAUUCAAAAGACCUGCUUUACACCAAGAUGCUGAGCCACACCUGAUAUGUGAAAGUAAUUUUUAAGUGGAGUAACAGAACUUUGAAGUUAACUACUCUUUUCUGGAAUUAAAAGCAACCAAACAAAGCACUCAAGAGAAAAAAAAACCCAAACGAAAUAUUUUUAUAUUUUAAAGUGAGAAGGUCACACUUAAAUUUGUCCCUUUUUCUAUUUUUGACUGCUUUCAGUAGCUAAGUCAAGGGAGCAGUGUUUUUGGGUUUUAUAAGGACCAAUGUGAUCCAUGUCACAUCUGGUGAGAAAUUUAUUAAUUCAGAUACUCACAGAAUUGUUUUGAUAGAAGAACUAUUGAAAAAGCUCACCAAAGCAUUUCUCUGUUAUACCAUAUUACAGACUAAUGAGAAACUCAUGUAAGAAAUAUUGAGGAGCUCAUUGCAAUACCUUUGCAGAUGUAUAGCACUUUGUGAGUUUUUUAUCUAAGCAUGCUGAAGGCUGAGUUUGCAAACUCAGAUCUGUUGCCUACACAUACUGCCUACAUCAAGGUUUUCUACAGCUGUAGACAUUACACUUAGGUCUGCAGGGCUUAAAAAAAUCAGUUCUAGCUGCUACCACUGGUAUAAUGUAUCUCAGGUAUGUGGUAUCGGUCAUAUUUCUGUGGCUGUAAUGUGAAUAGUUACUACAUGUGAAAAACUUACCUUGCCCCAGUCAUUGUGAAUUAGCAGAUAGUGUUGGCUGGUGUACAGUAAAGAUGCAGUGUCUUACCUUUGCUUGUAUUUCUGUAGGCAAUAUCCAUGUUCUAGCCCUAGUAAGAUCUCAGACUCUGGUAUGUCAGGUUACAGCUCCAAAUGGAAACUAUUUUAAUAAACAGUUUUUUAAAAUUUGCCCAUAAUAGGGCAACUUUAUUGCUUUGACAAUAGAAACUACCUUCUCAGGAGUAUUUAAGAAAAAGUGGGGUUAACAGGUUUUUGAAAAUACCUGUGUUUGUAAUGUGCUUCUGGCCUCAUCUAUGGAGUAGCUGGAAGUCACACUUUAACAUAAACAAGGUAAACAGUAUCAGUCAAAGGCGAACUGUCAAAACAUGCUGGGGAAGAUAGAGAGUGGAAGGAGUAUUAGAUUUCAGGUACAAAGUCCUUCAUUUAAUAAUGGAUUCAACUUCUUUUAAUAAUAGUUGUUCCAGCUUUGUUCAAAUCAUAAGCAUUGAUUGUUGCACCUUCCUGAACAUUUCAGGAAGGAUGCAGUUAAAGACACUGAGCUAAUCCCUUUCUGUUAAUUUAUGUAAUUCUAUGAAUUUUCUACUGCAGCAGACUUGCAUAAUCCCUCUCAGAAAGAAUAAGUCUAAAGUUUGCUAGCUGCCUAGCUCAGCACAGAGCUGAUGGUGAGACAGCAUAAGUGAAGGGAAUAGCUGGUAUGUCAGAAAUUGAAGUCAUGCUACUCUAGUUGUAGUUGAGCCAGAUUAAAGAUCAGCACCUGCAGCUGCCCUAACCUGGUUCUGAAAAACAGUGGAAUGAGAGAUUUACCAAACAGUCUACACACAGUUGAGACGACACUCUAAAGGAUUAUUACUCUACCGUAAUUGUCACCAGAACAGUACAUUUACCUGCUCCAUUCAGGCUUGUGGGCACUUUGAGGUGUCCCCGUUUUACUUUUGCACAAAGGUGUGGUGGUUACUGGCCUAUCUUUCGAUCUGUAUGGCUACAUUUGGAGAGAAUCUGUAGUUCUGUUCUUCAACCCUGCAAAAGCAUGUAUGUGAGAAGUUCUACAUCCUGUAUAGCAGUUAACAGAGGAUACUUGCAGCUAUUGCUUUUGCUAAACUAAAGCUGAAAGCCACAGCAAGGAAUUUUAAAACAACUCAACUAUGAAGUUGAACACUCUUGUUUAGAUGCUGAGUUUUAAAUGGUAAACUAACCUGAUUUUAGCAAUGUCGGAGGACUCCAAGAAAUAUUUCUGAUGAAAGGCUAACAGUUCAUUUUCUAGGAAGUCUAACAAAGAUAUUAUUGAGAUAAACCUUCUUCAGUGUUCUCAGCCAGCUACAGAUUGAAUUCUGCUCACUAGAACAGCUUGCCAUCACCUGGCACCCUGAAUGACUGUGGUGGAAACACAAAUGUAGUAGUAUUUUGGUUUAUAGUGUUUAACUCUACUUCCAAGUCUGAUAUUUGAUUACUUUUCAUUUAAUUAGAACUUCAGAAGAGAAUAUUUAUGUUUACUGUUUUCAUUACUGUACUGAAGUCAUUGCUAGCACACUGGUUAAGCUGAAGUGAAUCACUAUCUCAGAUAUCAGAUUGCUGACAUUAAUAGUUUUGUAUGCAAAUGAGCUCAGUCUUGCACUGUAAAAUUAAUCCUGGUUUGUGUUAAUUUUUUUUGAAAGAAUCACUACAUUUAUUCAUUAAAAUGAUUUUAAA